AUGUCCCCCUCAACCUUCACUCGCGCUGCUUUCGCAGCUGGGCUUCUUGCCUCCGGUGUCUCUGCGGCUUUCGACAAUGCUGCUAAGACGAACAUUGCUAUGUACUGGGGACAAGGAAAUGCUCAGAUCCCACUGUCCGAGGUCUGCGCUGAUCCUAACAUCGAUAUUGUCAACAUUGGCUUCAUCAACGCAUUCCCUUCAGUAGUAGGCUCAUACCCGGGAAGCAACCACGCCAACGCGUGUGGUAGCGAAGUAUACUACGACCCGGUUCUGAAGAAGGACAGCAAGCUUUACAGCUCAUGCCCUGGCGUGGGAGAUGCUAUCACUGCUUGCCAGAAGAGCGGCAAGAAGGUCAUGCUCUCUCUUGGUGGUGGUUGGCCUACUGACUACUAUCUGCCAUCCCCUGAGGUCGCUCAAUGGACCGCCGAAUUCCUGAUCAAAGCCUAUGGUCCUCCCACCGCUGCCUGGAAGGCGGCUGGUAGGCCUCGUCCUUUCGGCGAUGCGGUCGUUGACGGUUUCGACCUCGAUCUCGAGGCGCAGACUUACGACAUGCCUUCAGCUGAGUACAUUUACAAGAACUACGACGUCUUCGGCAAGUACGUCAAGAGCAACUCGAAGAUGCUUCUCUCCGCCGCUCCUCAGUGCGUUGUCCCAGACGUCAGGAUCUCACCGGUUCUCAAGGCCGUCCCCUUCGACUUUAUCUUCACUCAGUUCUACAACACCCGAAUCUGCUCUGCCGCUCAGGCCGUCCAAGACAUCAAGGACAAGAAGACUAGCACCUUCACUUUCGACAAAUGGAUCUCUGAGAUCAAGGCCUCUGCGAACCCCAACCUCAAGUUCUACAUUGGAUUGGCCGCAGGUCCGGAUGGUCUCCCCACGCACAAGGAAGACUACCUCACGCCCGAAGAUGCGAACACUCUGAUUACGAAGUACAAAGGCAACACCAACUUCGGCGGUGUGAUGCUCUGGGAGGCCUCCGUUUCCGUCAGGAACCCAACAUACGGGCGGUCCUACGGUACUUGGAUGAAGUAUGCUGUCGAGGGUACUUUCUUGCAGAACUACAAUCCCAUCGUGUCUUCCAGCACCAGGUCUUCAACAACAUCUACUAAGACCUCGACCACCAAGACACCUUCCAGCACCCCUGUUACUUCUACCAAGACCUCAUCCACGAAGAGCUCGUCCACCAAGAUCUCGUCCUCUACUCCCAUCUCGAGCAGCAAGAUCCCUUCCAGCACUCCUACCCCCAGCACCAUGAUCACCAGCAGCAAGACCUCAUCUUCUGCUCACAUCACCUCAAGCACGGUUUCUUCGUCUGCAUACCUCACCUCCAGCUCGAUUUCCAGCAGCAGCAGCAGCAGCAGUAGCUCAGCAUACGAAACUGUCUCUACCAAGAGCGCCAGCUCCGUCGAGACUGUUAGCAGCACUCUGAUCGAGCCAUCUUCCAUCGCGACAAUCUCUGCGUCUGCCUCUAGCAGCGAGUCAGCCUACGUGCCUUACCCGACUGAGACCGCCAGCUCUGUUGAGACCAUCAGCAGCUCCGCGACUGAGUCUUCUUCCAUUGACACCAUCUCUGCCACAAAGGAGGGUAGCUCAGUAUACGUGCCUUACCCGACCGAGACCCCGAGCUCUGUCGAGACUGUCAGCAGCACCUUCAUUGAGCCGUCAUCCAUUGCCACAAUCUCUGCAUCCGAGACUCUUAGCAGCUCUGUCUACGUUCCUUCCUCAAGCGAGACCUCCACCUCAACCGACAAGUACCCCACUGACACUGUAUCCGCGACCACAUCGGGCGACAUGUACCCUACUGACACUGUCUCCGCAACUACCCCUGAGGGCAUCUCUUCGACUUCUUGCAGCACCUCCAGCGUUGCAUACCCCACUGGCGCCAGCUCCAGCGAUGUCUACUCGGUGUCAUCUGGUGUCUACUCUACUGCAUCCCCAGUGUACCCCACCUCAACCUACUCUGCUAGCAAGGGUGCGGACUACCCCGAGUAUCCUGCUGAGAGCUCCAAGAGCGACGCUGAGUCAAGCACUGGCUAUGACAGCGUUCCAUCGGUUACGAAGAAGCCUGAUUACUCUGAGUACUCCAGUGCUCCUACUGGCUCCACCACCGCCACUGUCAUCACUACUACCUACGUCGAUGUCUGCCCUACUGGUUUGACUACCGUCACCACCACAUACUGGACAACCGUCUGCACCAAGUGCGCCGCGAAGCCCACCGGCUCGGCCGACGUACCUGAAGGUUGGACCACCAGUGUCUACACUGCCAGCACCGUUACCGUGACUCUUACCAAGCCCAUCGUCACGCCUACCAGCAUGCCCGCAUACCCAUCGUCCGCUCCUUCCGUUGCAUACCCCGCGGACUACCCUGCUAAGCCCGUGUCCUCUGGCAAGCCUGGAUACCCUGCCGUCCCUGAGGCGUCUAUGCCCGCAUACCCAGCUGCCCCUAAGCCCUCCAAGGCUGCCGAGCACCCAGCUGUUCCUGAGACUUCCAAGGCCGCCGAGUACCCAUCUGCUCCUCAGGAAUCCAUGCCCGCCUACCCUGCCGUUCCUGAAGCCUCCAAGGCGGCUGAAUAUCCUGCCAUGCCCGAGGCACCCAAGCCAGCUUCUUCCUCUGCCGCCGCUGGCUACCCAUCUGCACCCAUCGCAUCCGAGUACCCCAAGAAGCCUGUCGAGCAGGAGGUGACCAGCACCGUCCGCGUUACCUCCACCCUCUCUAAGGUCGCCGUUCCCACCUACGCUCCCGCUCCUUACCCAACGGUCAGCGCUGGAGGUGUGCCUUACGUCCCUGCCGGCUCUGCCAGCAGCUACGCCCCUAUGCCUACUGGCACUGGUGUUGGUUCCGCCUACCCUUCUAUGCCGGCGGAGUUCACAGAUAUACAACGUGUCAAAAUGAAGUACACAGUCUACGACCGCUUACUCAAGCGCGAAGUCGGACAGCAGCCCAGAAAAUACUCCGACAUUCGAUCCAUAUACGGUGAUCGCAAAUGGAUUAACGACCUUGACAUCGUGAACGAGCUAGAAGGCCACAACGGAUGCGUCAAUGCUCUGAGUUGGUCAACUUCAGGCCGGCUACUUGCCUCUGGCUCUGACGACCAUCGCAUCAAUAUCCACUCGUACCACCCCGAAUCGUCCACCUCGCAGUUCAGCCUCACCACUUCUAUCGAGACGGGUCACCGGUCCAACAUCUUCUCGGUGAAGUUCAUGCCCUACUCGAACGAUGGCACCAUUGUCAGCGCAACAGACGAUGUAAGGAUAUUCGAUAUCGAACACUCAGGGCACUCGGCCCUCCGGUCUACUGGCAGAUCCAACAGCGGAGGAAGUGCAGGCAGAGCACGCAGCAGGGUGACGCUCACAGAAGCUGACACCAACGCAAAAGCAUUCCGUUGCCACACCGACACUGUCAAGCGCAUCGUCACAGAAGACAAUCCCUUCUACUUCCUUACAUGCUCGAACGACGGAGAAGUACGGCAGUGGGAUGUACGGCAACCUUCAAGGGCAUAUCCGCCUGCACGAGACACCAUGCUACCUGCGUGGGCGAGAGACGAAGACGCUUCAGACAGCAUUCCGCCGCCGCUCAUCUCGUAUGGCAGGUAUGGACUGGAUCUCAACACAGUAUCUUGCUCGCCUAGUCAGCCGCACUAUAUCGCAUUGGGUGGAGCGCAUCUCCAUUGCUUCUUACAUGAUCGACGUAUGCUCGGCCGUGACAUCAACAACGAGCGGGGAUCCAGACUUUCUAGUCCAGGAAACUGGAGUGAGAAUGAUGAAGAGCUGUUAGGAAAGGCAACACAAUGCGUCAAGAAAUUUGCGCCUAACGGGAAGCGUCGCAUGAACAGAAGCGAUGGCGGUCACAUUACAGCAUGCAAGAUUAGUGAUGCUGAGCCAAAUGAGCUCAUCGUGAGUUGGUCUCAGGAUCACAUUUACAGUUUCGACAUCCUGAGGGCCCCGGACGCUAGAGAGAAUGUGAAACCCGUCAAGACGUCAAAUAGUGGAUCUGGCCAUCGUGUGAAGGACACAAGUAGGAAGCGCAAGCGACCAAAGUCUAGCACCUUGUCACAAGAAGGUGUGGAGAGAGCAGAGUCAAGAGCACGAACUGCAAGCGCUGACGAGGACCUGGCACUCCGAGUGACCUACGGGAAUGGUCAAAGUGAAGAUAUUCGCAUUCAUCCUCCUGCCGAGAACCGCAUGACCCAAGAAGAGUUGAACGAUCUGCGAGCAUCGGAUCAUUACCGUAUUGCAAGUACAACUGUCAAAAUAGCGAAACAUGUCUUCGAGCUUGGAGAGCUCGGUGAGUCUGGUCUUCGACUUGCAUGCACAUCUAUCGUGGGUCUGGCGCAUUCAAUCUUGUCCGACAUGGAUGACAUAGACAGAACUUGGGGCUAUCCAAUCGACCCAGAUCCCGUAGACGUCGCAGUUCAAAACAAGCUCCGCGACAGCAGAGCGGCCUCUCGUCGCUUCGUGCAAGCAGCUGGGACGUUGACCCGCGUACUGGGAGGACAGCUCUUGGCCGGGUCCAGCUCUGAUGCACUGAUUGCUCAGUAUUUCGCGUCUAUACAACCGGCGCCUCGAGAACGCGAGCUUCCACAACAUGAACAGUUUGGAUAUGAUUUCCUGAAAGCUAUACUAUUGUGGAUUGAUAGUGGCCCUGCUGCAGUCGUGGAGGGGUUUUCGCGUCGAAGUGGCAGCGCUCGCUUCCCGAUCCCAUAUGAUUCUGAUUUGGACGCUAUACAGGAGCGAUUGAUUCCAUAUCUGCUUGAAUUGGCAAGCGAUGAUAGCAUCGUCAACGUGGAUGCUUCCAAGUUCGAGACAGACACUACUCGGAUAUUGUUCGACUCCGAAUUCGAGGCUGUAGAUACCUUCGGUCAUGCACUUAAAGUACCCUUUGCUGACCUCACUGGCGAGAGAGAUCCAACAUCAGAAUCAGAAUCUUCUAGUGAGCCCACGCAGACGCGAGCUGCAGCAAAAAGGAGAUGGGUGUAUCAAGUUGGGAGGGGUGUGCUACGCAAUGCAGCCAAGGAUAUCAAGUUUGCUUUUGUGGAUCGCGCCUAUGGUGGUCAGGGUAUAUCAGAUAAGACGAUCAGGGCGGAAGAGAAAGCAUUGAGGGAACGACAAGAGGAAAUUGAUACUACAGUAGAUGAGGGGCCGGUUCGAGAUGCGGAACUUGUCAGCACAGCAGCACGAGAGAACAGCGUCCGGGAAGAGGCUACUCUAAGCGCUUCUCAUGCGAACGAGUCGGAAUCAGUGGUCGUUGAGAGUGCUGACGAAGAGGAUGAAGAAGAGGAUGAUGAUGAUGAUGAUGAUGACGACACCGACGGUGAUGCAGACUCAGACGACGGAGAACAGGAAGACGAUGACGACUCUGACUCCGUCGACGAAGAAGGACUUCAACGUACACGAUCUGGACACAUGCUCUGGCGAUCAGACUUCAGCCGCAGUCGUUACAGGCGAUGGAGAGUCGAGCGCGACGUCCCUUGUGUACCCCAUACACGUGUCUACACUGGCCAUUGCAACGUCAAGACAGUCAAGGACGUGAACUAUUUCGGCCUGCAGGACGAAUACGUCGUCAGCGGGAGUGACUCUGGGCACGUUUUCAUUUGGGACCGCAAAACAGCAGAGCUUGUCAACAUCUUGGAGGGAGAUGGUGAGGUGGUGAAUGUUGUUCAGGGUCACCCCUACGAACCCACAAUGGCAGUUUCUGGUAUCGACCACACGAUCAAGAUCUUCUCUCCAGACGCCCACCUGCAGCGUAACGCACGCAAAGGCGUCGGUGUGCAAUCAUCUGAUCCAGGUUCCUUUUCCAGCCUCAAUUUCGGCCGCAGACGGCGUAAUCGUGCCGCCGAACCCUCCACUGAGGCUACUGAGAGUGAGCCUGCAGUCGACGCUCCCAGCGACAGCGACGACGAAGUUGCGCCUGGUGGACUGAGCAGUCGAAAGAGGAUGCACCAGAGUUAUCAGAUUACGAGCCAGAAUGAUAUGGAUAGGAAGGGCGGGAGGGAUGAUUAUUUCAUCAGUCAGGCUGUUUUCGCGCAGUUGGCGAGGCAUAUUGCGAGGGGGCAGGGUGGAGGUGAGGAGGGAGGAGAAGGCGGGCCGGUUAUCAUUACUGAGGAGAAUUGUAACAUCAUGUAG